AUGGCGCAACUCAUGACUCCCGAAUUGAAGCCGUCAGUCACUCCGCUAGAUCUGGUCGAAGUUGAAUCGAUGAAAGAAUUCAACUUGAAUCCGGAGAGUGGACCGAAUCAGACCUUGCCAGAUCCCGUCGCAAAGAAUGGCCAUCCCAAAAAAAUUAAAUCCCCAGGGACCAACAAAAACAAAGAGGAAAAACUGCCCCGGCCGCCCAAUUCGUGGAUCCUGUAUCGCUCAGAUAAAAUUGUCGAGAUGAAAUCACAGCAUCACGGCUUGGCUCAGUGUUUGCUGAGCAAGGAAAUCGCGACCAAGUGGCACUCCGAAUCACAGGAAGUCAAGAGUGAUUAUGAGAAGAAGGCCGAGAUCAUCAAAGCCGAGCAUGCCAUCAAGUACCCAGACUACAAAUACAGCCCGAAAAGAAGAAAAGCGGCCGCGGCGAGCAAAGAUGGCCAAAACGAGCUCGUGGAACCAGGCUCCCCACUAAGAAAAUCAAAGCGCAAAGAAUCGAGCUCCCCAACCGGCCCGAAAAGCACAGCCAGCAGAGGUAGAAAACGGAAGGCUUCUGGACCAGCCGACGAGCAGGCUGCGAAGGAUGAGGACAAGCCGUCGGAAAACGUGGAUUGUAAAGCAGAUUUGAGUCAUCUCGGCGCAUUAGACGCCGAUUUAUUUGGUUCUUUACCACAGCUAAUGAUAGGUGAACAGGCGGCUCAAUCUCAACGCCCUUUUGCGACGCCAAGUGUCGUCGGGCCUUCGCCGGUGGAUCUUCGUUUGGAUCAGGGGUUCUCCCACUCGGCAUAUGGUGGUCUUGCCCAACAUCACCCGCUUGUCAAUCCGCAAGAUCUUCACUUUUUGCCCCGGCAGGAUUUGAUGCCAGCCGCCCAGCUUCAAUCAGAAUGGCUGGACUUUAGCCAAUUGGAUCCACAACUGCAAUAUGACAAUCCGUUGACAGCACUUUCGGGCUCAAGCACAUCCGAUUGGACGACUUCACCUGAUCUGGGGGGUCCAUCACUCCCGAACAGCGCCCUACCGGUGCUCUCUUCGUCAACCAAUCUACAUCAGCCGGCCAGUCCGAACCCCAUGGAUUUCGGGUUUUUCCCGGCCUCAGACCACCUCGAUUUCAACAGACUGGACGACGAUUGGAUCAACAUCAAUCCUCAAAAUCCAUUCCAUGGGAGCUUUCUCGGACAGCCGCUCGAGAGCUCAACUUUUCCCAGCUUCAAUUCCACUCAUCAAAACCUUUGUGGGGAGAGCUUCCUGGCCUAA